UGUGGAAAUAGAAUCAGUCAGUGGGUUCAAAAGGGAAUUGGAAGAAUAAAUUGUGGGGCUGCGGGGAAGGAACAGGGGAAUGAAACUGGCAGAAUUCGUCUACUGAGAGCAGACAUGGAUUCAAUGGGCUUUAAUGAACCCGUGGUUGUGUUUAAGGUAUUUGAUACACUCAUAUAAAAUUCUUAAAAGUCCCAUGCCCAACACUGACUUCAUAUCCUUGAAGUCUGUUUAUUAUACUCGUCUCUGUAAUUUUCCGGAAGCAUCAACCAGUGAGAGAGUGCUUUUGUUUUCCUUAUGUCGAUGUUUGGUCCGCUCUCUUUAACCAUUCGUAUUCUGAAUAUCCUUCAUUUUUGGUAAACCAGAUCCCUCUUUGCGGCGGCGUUAUAUAGAUGCAAGCUGUUCUUGUAGUUACGCGAGGGAUACGUGCUCCACUCGCAACGCGAUGACAAGUUGUUUCCAGUAGAGGCGAGCAAUUAAACUGACUGUCUGACAUCUCACCCAGCCGAGAGCGCGAGAGAGAGACACCUGCAGCAACUUCAGAUCCCGCUCAUUCCGACCCUACAGCUUCUAGUGAGCACAAACACAGCGGCGAUAAAAGCAUUGCAACCGGUCUCCACCACAGCACUGUACAAAGAUCAAAACUUCCAACUCCCAACCAAUGCCAAAACUGAACAAUUGUGAAGAUUUGUAACGCCUAAAGAUUGACAACAAGGCGGUGCAAAGAUGAUUCAGUGAUGCAACCAUUCCCCGCACAGCGAACUCUUCCCUAGUCAGCCGGCUCCCCAGCAACUCGGAAACUGCACUUGGAACCCACCAGACCAGGGUAGGACAGAGGACCUGCGAGAUUUUUUUGACCUUUGGACAAGUUCUUCGGGAAGAGGCGGAGAGAGGUGGACUGGCGGCGGUGACCGGGCAUCUCCUCGUGACCCGCUGCGCUGACAAAGCCUCGCCUCAUCACACUGUGUUUCGGAGACCCUGCUGCUCGGCGGCGGCCGGGUGGUCGCAAGGUAGGACGUCAGAGCAUCACCGAUGCCUCCUAUCAGCUGCUGAUCUUCCGCCGGAUAAUGUAACCGAGCCGAAGAUGGGAGCCAACCAUUCUCAUAAAACGCCGGUGUUUGAUGAGGACGAGGACGUGAACUUUGACCACUUCCAGAUCUUAAGAGCAAUUGGCAAGGGCAGCUUUGGGAAGGUAUGCAUUGUACAGAAGAACGACUCGAAGAAGAUGUAUGCUAUGAAAUACAUGAACAAGCAGCAGUGUGUGGAACGUAAUGAAGUGCGGAAUGUAUUCAAAGAAUUGCAGGUUAUGCAGGGUCUGGAGCACCCAUUUCUUGUCAAUUUAUGGUAUUCCUUUCAAGAUGAGGAAGAUAUGUUCAUGGUGGUGGACCUCCUUCUCGGUGGAGACCUUCGUUAUCACCUGCAACAGAAUGUUCACUUUAAGGAGGAAACAGUGAAACUUUAUAUCUGUGAGCUGGCACUGGCACUGGAUUAUCUGCAGAGCAAGCACAUCAUUCACAGGGACAUUAAGCCUGACAACAUUCUUCUUGAUGAUUAUGGGCAUGUGCACAUCACAGACUUCAACAUCGCAGCAAUGGUGAAGGAGGAGAAACAGGCCACCUCUAUUGCAGGCACAAAGCCAUACAUGGCUCCUGAAAUAUUUCAUCCAUUUGUAAAUGGAUGUACUGGCUAUCACUUUGCUGUGGAUUGGUGGUCUCUUGGAAUCACAGCCUAUGAGCUCCUCAAAGGACAAAGACCAUACGAAAUCCGUUCCAGCACCUCUGUUAAUGAAGCCCUUCACAUGUUCAAAUCUGUCAGCAUAAACUAUCCCUCUUCCUGGUCCAGUGGACUGGUGUCAUUGCUUCAGAAGCUGAUUGCAGUCAGCUCGACCCAGCGCUUCUCCAGCCUGGCCGAUAUACAGGACUCUCCUUACUUGGCAGACAUAAACUGGGAUGCUGUCCUGGAGAAGAAGGUCACAGCAGGAUUCAUUCCCAAUAAAGGACAACUAAAUUGUGACCCUACAUUUGAACUCGAAGAAAUGAUUCUGGAGUCGAAACCCCUUCACAAGAAGAAAAAGCGCCUGGCGAAAAAAUUAAAGGAAAAUAGAAAAGACAACUCAACACUGAACCAACACCUACAGCAACAUCUAGACACAGUGCAGAAGGAAUUUAUUGUAUUUAACAGAGAGAGACUCAAACGAAAUCCAGGCCAAACACAAGCUAAAUGUACCGACAAAGAAGAGCUUCACAACGAAAAGGAUGACGGGAGAAACAACAACGUCAUAACAUCAACUUAUACACAGCCACGUUAGGUUUAGCACUGGGAGUGAGUCACUUCUGGGAUCUUCCACACUAGAUAAGGAAGUGCAUAGCACAUCUUUUCAUAGUACAUGUCAGUCCUCUUCAUUAAACAGACAUUGUCAUAGCUGGAGUCAUGGCUCAGUGUCUAAAUACACUGUGCAAUGUAGCACUGAGCAAUAGUCUUGAAGGUCCCGGGUUAACUCCCUGGUGUAUGCUGAUUGAGCUGAUCUUCACUGCAGUAGCAGACAAGGGGGGCAAUUAGGCUCAAAGGGUAAGGGUGUUGGGAAACAACCAGACACCGACCAAAGUAGGUCCCCACUUCCCAGCAUUUGAUGGAAGUCAGCUGAGAGGAAGCUGGAUGGCAGAAUUAUCUUCCGUGGUUGCCUUAACAUGCCAGCAGUAACUGUCAGGGCUAAUAAUUAACGAUUGGCAAUCAGGCAAGCUCCCAGCGUACCCCCAGUACAUCCACAGCUGUAUCAAGAGUUGAUACCUUAGAGAGAGUUAGGGAUAAAAUGGGAGAGUCGUUGAGGAAGGAUUUAAUCUCUCUUUUUGGUUUUAAACCAGAAGAGAUGAAUUUCAUGUCAUUAAUCCCAGAAGGCUAUCCAAAUGCCCCUUUAACAAGUGAUAGUGUCAUAGAGAGAUGCAGCACCGAAACAGGCCCUUCAGCCCACCUAAGUUCGAUCACCAAAGUGACAGAACUAAUCAAAGAAAUGAAAUCUGAUUGACUCAGCACCGACCUCAAUCAUUUGGGCUCCCUUGACCGUGUCAGUAGAACUGAUGUAAAUUCAUCCCAGAACAGUGGAAACCUAUGAGGACCCAAGCCAUCCCAGCCACCCAGCACCUUAAAGAAGAUGUUCAGCCACUGACAGCUACCGUUUGGGGGUUUAGUUGCACUCCACACUAGAUCCCACAUUAGUAGCUUUGACUUCAUGAUUUUGACCAAUGCAGUGGAGAAAAUGGUUCUCUGUCUUUCUGGUUUAUGCCUGUAACUUCCUGUUCUCGAUAUUAUCACUUUUUUUUCAGUGUGGAGAUAAAGUUUUUAAAAAUACACCCAGAUUAAUCUCAUGAUAAGCUUUUCAGAACAAUGUAGCACUUUUUCACC